AGAGUUCUACUUCCGGAACGUAUUCCAAGCGUCGGGCGCCAUUGUUUGUAUUUAUUUUUACCGGCAUCUUAAAUCCAUUAUAAUCGGCUUUGUUUUAAACGAAGCUUGUGUAAGAGCGUGUUGUAUAACACGACUAAACUUUCAAAAUGUCCAUUGGUGUGCCGAUUAAGGUGCUUCAUGAAGCUGAAGGCCAUAUUGUGACAUGCGAAACGACCACCGGUGAAGUGUACCGAGGAAAGCUUGUUGAAGCUGAAGAUAAUAUGAACACUCAAAUGUGCAACAUCACAGUCACAUACAGAGAUGGAAGAGUUGCACAGCUAGAGAAUGUAUUCCUUAGAGGAAGUAAGAUAAGAUUUUUCAUAUUGCCAGACAUGUUAAAAAAUGCCCCCAUGUUCAAAAGAAUCCAAGGGAGAAGUGGAGGAGGCGGUGGUGCUGGUCGCGGAAAAUCUGCAAUUUUACGAGCACAAGCUGCAAGAGGACGUGGUCGAGGAGGUGGUAGCGACCGUGGUGGUGGAAGAGGAGGAGGUGGAAAUGUGUUCCAAAAGAGGCGCUGAUCAUAGGAAGAUAAUUUCAUCACAGACUUUAGAAAUUCAUGGAGUGAAUGGGGAUAUCAUUAGCUGUUCCAGUUUCAUUUCAUUCACAGGAUAAAAGGGGCAAUGCUGAUCAACUUUUAUGUGUUUGUGUAUCAGGAGACAGGGACUCUGACAUUUAAAUGUUAAACAUGUAUUGGUCAUUUUCAUCUUUGUUAUCAUUAAUCAUGAAGUUGUAAUCAUGUUUCUACAAGACAUUGAAACAAUUAAAAAAAUAUUGAUAUGGAAAAUGCAG